CUGCGCGGGCCGCGGCGACGGCGGCGGCGGCGCGCGCGCUUUUUGCUCGUGGCGAAGCGACCGGCGCGGGCGCACUCCGGGAUCUAUCCUUAAUGUAUUUUAUUUAUUCCGUUCUUAACUCUCUCUCCCGGCGAACGUCCCGGCUCGCGCCAUCUCAGCACCGCUCAACAACUCUAACAAAGCCCGUUAUUACCACCUCCAUGUCAAUAUGCCACUAAAACAUUCUCUCACUCGGCUCGUUUAUACAUAUUUUGUUUUAUUCUGUGAACUAGUGUUAUAAACAUACAAACAAAUAUUAUUGUUUUAUUUAAUUUAGUUGGUAAUUCCGGCAUAAUGUAUAUCAAUGACAUAGUGGUCCAUAUAUUUUUCCUCAAUGUUAUUUAUCAAGCUACUGCGGCGGCGCCGGACGUUAAGGUGAGCACACAAAGUAGUGAGGCAUGCUUUGCCCACGUGACAGCUUGCGAGGAAAACGCCGGUGGCAGCAGGAAGGCCGUCUGCGGGUCAGAUGGACGCACCUACCCUUCACGAUGUGACCUCAUGAAGGCGCAAUGUUCAGGCGAGUCCGUCGCCGUAGCCCGAAGGGGCCCCUGUCUGGAAGGCCAAUCGUCGUGCUUGAUCGCUUUGCGUUACGCGUUGAACGCCCACGGGGGGCGAAGGCCUGCGUUUGUGCCGCGGUGCCGCGCUGACGGUACCUACGCCCCCGUGCAGUGCGCCGCCGCCGCAGGCUGCUGGUGCGUCACUCCUGACGGCAAGACCUUCCCCGACACCACCGUGAGAAACGGCAGACCUGACUGCACUAGGACUGGCAAAUCUCACACCAGGCGUCGAUCCUCAAUCCGGGGUCAAAGAAAUAAAAGAAGUUGUUCCCGCGCAGACCGUGCGCAGUUCAAUGGGAACCUCAUCAAGAUCUUCAGCGGAGAGCUGGAGCGCACGCGGGAGGCCGGGGGCGCAGUCCCGGAGCCGCGCGCCGUCGCCGAGUGGAAGUUCCGCGAGCUCGACCGCGACCGCAGCGGAGCACUGCAGAAAUCCGAGUACAGAGGGCUCAGGAGACUCAUUAAAAAGGUGGUGAAGCCGAAGAGGUGCGCGCGCGCAUGGGCUCGCGGCUGCGACGGCGAUGCGGACGGCGAGAUCGCACGCGCCGAGUGGGUCGCCUGCCUCCUCGCCAACCCGGAGCCGCCUGCACCGGACUUCUCUCUCCGCUUCUUCAUGUCGUUGAACGCAGAUGACAGCGGACCGGAACCGGAAAACGACUACACGGAGGAGGAACCACCGCCGGAUCCCAGCUCAGUGUUGCCGGGCAUAAUGAGAAACUCAUUCGCUCCGGAGGGAUCGGAGAACAGAAGAGAAGAUGAAAUCAACGACUGCCUCACUGAUCGACAGGCGGUGUUGGAUGAACAGAAAGCGGGUGGUGCAGUCUUAUAUGUGCCAGAAUGUACGGGCGACGGGCGGUAUGCGCGGGCGCAGUGUUACAAGACAACUGGCUACUGCUGGUGCGUGCAUCAGGACACCGGCAAGCCCAUCCCGGGGUCUUCGGUCAAGGACCGGAGGCCUGACUGCGACGUGGCACCGCAACACGCCAGUCCGAUGAGAGGUUGCCCAGAGCCGAUAAAAUCGAAUUUCCUUCGAGACCUGAUGAGCUUCUUCAUAGCGAAGAUGACGUCGUCUUCCAACGGGACUGGCCCAGGGGAACUAGUAAAAUGGGGCGCAUCAAAAGAAGAGCAGGCAGCCACAUGGACUUACGUGAUGUUAGACAAGGACAAAAACAAGGCUCUGGACAGGCGGGAGUGGAAGGCGUUCCACCAGCUGAUAAGCAACGUGGAGCCACUCCGGCGGUGCGGCAGGAAGCUGCCUAGAUACUGCGACGUCAACCAUGACACCAGGAUCAGCAUCACCGAAUGGAUGGCAUGCCUCGAAGUCAACCAAGCGUCGCAAGGACCCACGAUUUUAAUUGUUACAGCAGAAACUACGAAAGCACCUUCGAACCCUCGAAGAAAGGGGCCGAAUCCCCUGGAGUCGUUCCUCAAAGCUGACGAUUAACCCAACGAACGGUUCUUUAAGAGAACAAACCAACGAAAACAAACUUAGGAAAUCCUGAACGUAAUUCUAUUUGUGCAAAUAAAUAUUAACCUUGCUUUCAACAAAAUUGAAUGAGCCAGUAUUGUGUGUGUGAAGUGUUAUUUUAGCGAAAGACAUUAUAGUUAUGGUAAACAUAAUGGGAUGCCAUAAUGUCGCUACAUGUGCACCACAGUAGAGGAUGGACCACAAUCGGUGCGUACAGUUAAAAGGACAAUGGGCGAUUGUCCAAGAACCUCCACUGAUGAGACUUGCAUUUAAUGAAAGCUUAUGCUUUCCCUAUGAUUCUUAAUCUUCCCCUUUAUUUUAUUUUUUUAUAUUGUGAUAUAUAAUUAUUCAUGUAGACUUAGGUAUUCAGCAACAAACCUUGAGUAGAUUUUUGUACACUAAUGUACACAAUUUAUCAUAUUUAUAGCCAGGACAAACAUGACCAUAGAAAAUGUACCCCGGGACAGAAUCUGAUAGAAUUGUGCCAGAAUCAUAGGGAAAGCAUAAGCUUUCAUUACAUGCAAGUCUCACCAGUGGAGGUUCUUGGACCAAGUUCCAUACAGUUUUGCCCAUUGUCAUUUAUCCUUGGUAUAUCGUCAACAACUGCAACUGGAUGGAUAUUCGAACAACGGAAAUUUAUCAUUCCGGUGAAUGCAAAAUUAUCUUAGAAUCCUGGUUUUAACUGAUCCAGUUCUAACUAGAUAUUUGCAAAAACAAAAAGUUGUACGAUAUUUGCAAAUGAUAUUGUCCGGUGUCCGAAGGUUCAACUACAAUGUUGAUGAACCACUUUUCCCAUGUUCAACCACGCCACAACUAAAUAGAAUAGUAGUGCCGUUGAUAGGAAAAAACAAUCAACACAUUCAAGAGUGUGCACUUGAAUCUGUAAAAGAAAGUUAAAUUAGAUAGUUUUUCGUUAAGUCUCUAUUGAAUCACUAGUGCGCAGUGGUAGACUUGCUAAACUUUACGUGAACAAAUAAAGAUAUACGUUCAUCUCCAAUUAUUUAAUCCGAUCCGAUCAUUGGAUAGUUUGCCAGGUCAAAGAUAAAGUAUGAAAUUCUGAUCACUAAAUAAAGACAGAUCUACUAAAGGUGACAAAAAACGUUUUUUCUAUUAUAUUUUUUAUGAAUUAUAAAAAAGAAAAUGUGACAAAAUGUCACAUUUUUUGUGACGUCACAGGUUGCUUUAGUAAAAAAUGACUGGUUUGACUAGUUGAAAACUACCCUAUUCGAAUGUCCCUGGAUAUAUUUGGCGACUGUAUUGUCUGUGGGUGCUACCACUUCACAAAAGUAAUAUAGCGUAAAAAGGCGGUUCGGAGCGUAAUUUGUAAGCAACGUCGCGCCUGAUUUCUGUGUCAACGGGUGUUUACAAACUCAAAGAUGAAAAAUGUGAAGUUUUUCUAUCGUGUGGGUUGUGAGGUGGAGUAAUUACUAAGUUCCCGCCCUCAGACCGCUCUCGGCACCACCACUGCGCGUAUUGAGCUUAUGAGCUGAAGUCAGUAACAAUGGACUUAACUAAUUUAACAAAAAAGUGCGAAAAGUAUACCGUUAUAAUAUCGUAAUUAGGUUUAGAUCUUCUCGUAGAUGUACUAAAGAAGCAAUUAAUUUAUUAAUUUAUACAGACUUGUACUAGUCUUGUAAUAUGUCGAACGUCUCGUAACUCAGUGGCCUAGGUAGAAAAACUUUCUAUCAAAAUAUUGUUACACGGGAACUUAAUAUUUAGAGAUCAAUUUCUAUGAAGAGUUAUCUUCUGGUUAUCAUCUUCAUAGAAUUGGAUUUACAUUAUUUUGGUUUCCAAAUAAUGCUGUAGUAGGCAAAUUACCUACUUAUGUUCUAAUUUACGUAUUAAGAUAUUGUGUUGUAUAGCAUUUUUGUUGUAUUUGUAAUCUGACUCACACAUAAAUAUUUGAAAACCUGAUUAAACAAUGUUAAUUCAUCACAAGUACCUAACAACAGAUGUUAAACGUUUCACUUCAAAAUAUUCAUGUUAUUUUAAGAGUAUUUAUAGAUUUAGGUGUCGUUGGUGUGAAAUGUAAGAACUAUGUGAUAUUUUUAAUUAUAUUUUUUAUUUCUAAAUAAAUAAUUUAAUACUUCAAAA